AUGCGGAAUCUUAAAAUUCGAUCGGCUGUAGUGCGUGAUACAUUGUUAUCAAGUGCAAGACAUGAAAUCCGGCAGAAUGAAGCAUUCUCAAUGUCCCUCUCAUCCUCUGAAAUUGAAGCAGUAUGUGUUAGUGUUGAAGAUAGGAUUUUCUGCGCUUGUCUUUCUGGAGUAUGUGAACUGUCAUCCGAAAUAGUGAAGCUGGUCGAAUGGACCGAAGAACGUGAUGGUGCUAAAAUCAUUUCAUUUGAUUAUCUUAGCGACGAAUAUCUGUUGUGCGCUGUGCUGUCGUCAGGUGUAGUAUUGAUCGUGGAUUACGAGAAUGGAACUGUUGAGAGAUGUGACAUAGUACCAACUGAAAUCUCUUCCGCAAGAUGGGCUCCCGACUUUCAUGUUUUGCUGCUUGCAUCAUCGGAAAUGUUGUACUUUGUUACACGUCAUUUUGACAUUUUCAAUGAGCAGCCGCUAAAUUCAUCGAGGUCUGGCCGAGAGGAGCUGAUGACAGUUGGCUGGGGUUCUAAAGAAACACAAUUUCAAGGCAUCGGAGGGAGGAAGCAACCGAGAAAAGGAAAUUUUUUGGUUGAUAAUGAGCAACCUACUACUGUGAGUAAAUAUGAUCAGUGUAGAGUAUUGUUGGCAUGGAACGGUGACGCCAACUACGUGGUCGUUAGUUAUGUGGAACAGGAAACCAAUUUUCGGCGAUUAUGUGUUUUCGAUCAUGAAGGCGAACUUAUUAGUCACUUACAGCAAAUUAGUAAUGUUGAAGAAACACUGGCUUACAGGCCCACGGGAAAUCUUAUUGCAACAAGCCGAUGUGAUGGUGACAGACGUGAAAUAAUUUUUUAUGAACGUAACGGACAAAAGCGAUCAAAAUUCGAAUAUGGACCACAUCAAGGAACUGCAAUUGAUUGGAUGGGUUGGAACACUGAUGGGAAUAUCCUUUGUGUGCGGUCCAUAGAUUUAUUGGGUACUGCCCAAGAAGUAAGUUUUUGGUGCGUCAGUAAUUAUGACUGGAUGCUCAAAUAUCGCAUAUUGGAUAACAAUGGAUUUUUAUUGACAUCUUGGCACGAAAGUAAUCCUAAUCAAUUUUGCUAUGUUACGCAGAAUGGUCGUGCCACUUUUAUUGAUUUCGAUUUCGUAUAUAAUUUUUGUGAUGAUAUUGUUUUGUCAAUAGCAGGAUGUAAUGUACGUGUAACCGAUCUAAAAGCAGCGCCAAUUCCACCACCAAUGUGUCAUUAUGAGCUCACUUUUCCAAACACUGUUUGUGAAGUUGCACAAUAUAAUGGUAGUGCAGCUUUUCUGCUUGCGGACUAUUCACUUCUUGCGUGUACGAUAUGUUUCCAAUUUUUAAAACAAAAACGAUCGGAUUUAGCUUCCAUGCACAGAUUUGAAACAUUUAACUGUAUUAGAAAAACGCACAGUUUAUCAAAAACUGAAGCAAAAGCUGAUAUUGACAUUAUUAUAUCGUAUGAAUUGCGAGAAAGGAAGUUUAAAGAAUAUGCUGAAUAUGAUACCACCGAUUUGCCAAAAGAUUGCAUAUGUUACAAUCUUUGUUUGGAUGAUUCUAAUCGACUUUCUGCCAUUGUUGUCUCUUCACGUUAUAGUUUAUAUAGCUUAAAUUUAAAAAAUAUGAAUCGUAAAGGAAGUUUCUGUUUAUAUUCUAUGGAGAAACCAUUCAUUUGGCACAGUCACGUCACCAGUGGUUUUGUACUGCAAGGAAUUGGUGAAUGGUUUUCAAUAAAAAAAAACAAAGAUGAGAAUUAUUGUCUAGAAACAGAAAAGCUUUUUGAAAUGGGAUCGACAUUGCAUCAUUGUCGUUGCUUGCCAACUAAAGAUUGUAUUUUUGGUAUCGACAGAACAAGUGAUUUAGUUGUGAAUGGCAGAUCUAUUUUGAAAUAUGUUGGAUCGUAUGCAGUGGAUCAGAACUAUUUGUUGGCUAUAGCAUUUUUUUCACAUUCAAAUUCAUCGAAGUUGCAAAUUACUGAACUAAAAGAUAUUUUAACAACCGACAAAAAAAUAAGCUGUAAAACUAGUCGAACUGUUGAAAGAGGUGCAAUGUUGAUUGGACAUGAAACAGACGGUACUCGGGUUUGGCUACAGAUGCCUCGGGGUAAUUUGGAAACGAUACAUCUAAAAGAAUUGCUGUUGAACAAAUUGAAAGAAUUGCUAAAUGACCUGCAUUUCAAGGACGCAGCUGUUAUCAUGAAAAAGCAUCGUAUUGACAUGAAUCUCUUUUACGAUCAUAAUCCUGAGUUUUUCAUGAAGCACAUCGAUCAGUUUGUCAAAGAUAUAGGCUCUGCUGAAUUAUUGAACUUGUUUGUGGCAAAUUUGAAUAGUGAAAAUGUCACAACCGGUAUUUAUUCGGAAAGCUAUAUCAAUAAUAAUGACACAAGAUGUGAUAAAAGAGCAGUAAAAGUUGACAAAACUAAGGUCCAAAAUGUUUGUGCCGCCAUUCGAGAAUAUAUUUUGAGUCUCGAUGAUACCCUUAUUGUUGAUUUGUAUACCACUGUUAUAUCGACGUAUUUGAAAGAACAGCCUCCGCAAGUUGCAGAAGCUCUGUCAGCAUUACGGGAGCAAUCUUUAAAACUACCUAAUGGGACGAAAUUGGAAAAAAAGUGGAUUGCUUAUGUGUCUUUGUUUGCUCCCAAUGAAAAUUUGUUCAAUGUCGCAUUAUCGACCUAUGAUUUAAAUUUAGCACUUGCUGUUGCAGAAAAUUCUCAGAUGGAUCCGAAGGAAUAUUUACCACUGCUAACGGAUUUUCAAGUUCACUCUCCUCCUGCAUAUCAAAAAUCUAAAAUCGACAUACAUUUGGGAAUGUUCAAGCGAGCUGUUCGGAAUCUGUCAGAGUUGGAUGAUCGCUGGAAUGAAGCAGUUGAAAUUAUUAAACGACAGAAUUUAUAUGCAGAAGCUCUAGUAAUAUAUCGCGGGAAGAAAGCCUAUCUGAAAGCUUGCGAAUUAUGCGCCAAUCACUUGAUGGAUAAACGGCGUUUUGAAGAAGCUGCAUUGUUGUUUAAACGCGCAAAUAAUAUAGCCCUGGCACUGCAGUGCUAUGAGAGUAUUCAAAACUGGAAAGGAGUUAUUGAGUGUGGGCAAAUCAUGAAUAUAGAGAAAGAAAUGUUAAACGAUUCACUCCAGAAGAUGGUCCCACAUUUUGAAAGCAAAGGAAAAUUUAUGGAUAUCGCUGGAAUCUUAUCAUUCAUUGAUAAAAAGUCUAACAAGGUGCAGAUAGUAGAAUAUUACUGUAAGGCGGACGCUUGGGAUUUUGCUAUGAAUUUUGCUUUCGGCGAUGACGAGAUGACAGAAAUUGUUUCUGAAGCAGCUUCCAUUCGUUGCGAACAAAUUUUACAAAGUAUAGAAAAUUGGGAGAGCUUAUUGGAACAAUAUUGCUGUCGUUUGGAAAUAGUACGAGAGAAUAAAAAAAACUCGCUAAAGGCAGCUAUUAAGCUAUUUGAAGAUCAAGAUUUGCCAAAGUCAGAAAUUUUCAGCGAAAUGUCUAGUACAUUAAGUGAUAUGUCGAAGACUUCAACAGCUUCUACUGCUUCAGCUCGUCGCCGAAAACAUGUUGAAAAGAAGAAAAAAGUGCUAAAGGAAGGUUCGGCGUACGAAGAUGCGGCGCUCUUGAAUGCUUUGAAAGAUAUUGUUUUACGUAUCGAUUUCCAGCAAGAUGAAUUAAUUCUUCUACUGCCCACUUUAGUAGCUGUCGACGCUGUUGAAGAAGCACGAGACUUGCAAAUCCAGUUCCUUACCUUGAUAAAACUUGCUCAGAAAACAAUUGAAAUAGCUUGGCCAACGCACCUUUCACUGCAUAUGAUACCAGGACCCUUAAAAGAAACAUAUCGUAACGAGAAUGGUAUUAUCAAGUUCCCGGAAAACAAUAUGCCAGAUAGGAUACCAUUUGAAUCGGAACUGAUGCGACCGCAGCUCAGGAAUGUUCUAUGGCAACUUGAGAUUUGUUCUUGA